GAUCAACAGAUGUCAGAUCUACCAGAGCACAGAAUGGAAACAACCCCCCCAUUCUCUUACUGUGGUGUUGACUGUUUUGGACCUUUUUAUGUAAAAGAAGGCAGAAAAGAACUAAAAAGAUAUGGUCUUUUGUUUACAUGUAUGUGUUCCAGGGCAAUACAUAUUGAAAUGUUAGAUGACCUUACUACUGAUGCUUUUAUUAAUGCAUUGCGUUGUUUUAUUUCUAUUCGUGGACAUGUAAGACAAAUCAGAUGUGACCAAGGAACAAAUUUUGUCGGUGCUAAGGGAGAGUUUUUGAAUGCACUGAAGGACUGUGACAAAGAACAGUUGAAACAAUAUGGAUGUGAGUUUGUUCUGAACACCCCAUCCUCAAGUCACAUGGGAGGUGUUUGGGAGAGGCAGAUUAGGACUGUCAGAAGCGUUUUAACUGCUAUUCUGGAUAAAACUUAUAAGAGACUCGAUAGUUCUUCCCUCAGAACGUUUCUGUAUGAGGUGAUGGCUAUUGUGAAUAGCAGGCCGCUAACAGUAGAAAACCUAAGUGAUCCAAGUUCAGAGCCUCUCACACCAAAUCAUAUUCUCAUGAUGAAGUCCAGUGUUAUUCUGCCUCCUCCUGGUGAAUUUGUAAGCCAGGACUUGUACCUGAGAAAGAGGUGGCGCCAAGUUCAGUUUUUAGCUAAUAAAUUCUGGACAAGGUGGAAGAAAGAAUACCUUCUUAAUCUUCAACAGAGACAAAUCUGGCAAAGAAACAAGAGAAAUGCAAAGGUAAACGACAUUGUUAUUCUUCAAGAGGACAAUUCUCCAAGGAACAAGUGGAAACUGGCAAGAGUAACAGAAGUAUAUACAAGCGCAGAUGGAAGGAUCAGGAAGGUGAAGCUGUUACUAAGUGACUCGACCUUGGAUAAGGAUGGAAAAAGGACUGUCAAGCCAGUGUAUCUUGAUAGACCAGUUCAUAAAACUGUGUUGUUACUGGAAGCAGAGUAAAUGUUAAAAUGUAAAUAUAUUCCUAUUUAAUGUUGUAUGUUAUUUGAAAUCACCAUAGGUUUGUGAUUUGGUGGGAGUUUUACUGCCAAAGUUUUAAUUUACAGAUUUUAUUUUGUAUUAUUUAUAGUUUUUUGUUAAGACUCUUAUUUUGAAGGUUUAAGGUAGGAAGUAGAUGUAGAAGCGUCUGGUUACCAGGUUACCAGAGACGCUUGCGAUAUAACAGCAUCGCGUUGGCAAGCAGAUGAAGAAACAUGAUUUAAGUGUAAGAAUUUACUGAAUGACCUCAUUUCUACCUCAAAAGGAAGGGUUAGCCAGCGAGUUCGACGGUGGUGUUGGUGUCAGGGAAACUGAAGCUGUAAUAAGAACGUCUUUAAAGAGUUUCAUUAAAGCUGAC